AACUAAACAAAAGUCAUUUCCAAUGACAAAACGUCACCGAUCGCAAUACUUUCCGAACUCUCCAACAUAUUCUAGAUCCUCACAGCGCAAUCAAGUUUGGUAGGGCAAGGUCUCACUAGCAUUUGCCUUUGGACCUUCCGCCGCUACCCACUGUUUAUCUCUCUGAUUAGCCUCCUUUUCCCUUGAAGAAAUAUGUCGACUAUGAGGGUGCCCACAUCUUGCUUAAUCAGAACCACACCCCCAACCAAAGCUGUGAGCCCAACCAAAUCUUGUGCCUUGAUCAAGGGUUCGUUUUCUCUGGGUUCUGCGAAAAAUUUAUCUAAAGCAUUUGGUUUGAAAUCUUCAUCCUUCAAGGUUUCAGCAAUGGCUAAUGUAUACAAGGUGAAACUAAUCACGCCAGAGGGUGUAGAGCAUGAAUUUGAUGCCCCUGAUGAUACUUACAUCCUUGACUCUGCUGAAAAUGCAGGAAUAGAACUGCCUUACUCAUGUAGGGCAGGGGCCUGCUCUACUUGUGCUGGGCAGCUGGUUUCUGGAUCUGUAGACCAAUCAGAUGGGUCAUUCCUGAGCGAAGAGCAAAUGGAGAAAGGAUAUGUACUUACCUGUGUCUCAUAUCCAACUUCAGACUCUGUUAUUCGUACUCACAAGGAGAGUGAUCUCUACUAAGUCAUGUAAGAAGCAAGCAUGAACUUGCAUAAAAUCGUAGAUUCGUACAAUGUUCCGUGCCAGAUUUAUCGUUUGGUCUACCGUUUGUAUUAGUUUUCAUUGUUGAAUUCAAUCAUAUCUUUAAUCUCAAGUUAGUCUUGAAAGCUUCAGUUCUAUUGA